AGGACGAAUCUGGGACCAAGCUGCCUCCUAUCCAAGAGGUGCCGGGAGAUCUUUCCCCAGGGGGAAAGCGGCCGGGGACUGAAGCUCACCAGUGAAUACAGCUAGUGCCGAGGUCUACCGACAGUUCCGCAUUAGCGACAAACUACGACUGCAAGAGAAAAUGUCGCUGGAAGAGUUUUACAGAGCCAGUGAACUGUUGCUUAGCAACGGUUCUAACAGUGCUGGUGCCGCGACCCUCAUCCUAGGGCUCGUCACGACGUUCCUCAAGAGCAAAGAUGGGAAGGCGCCCCCUGCAAAACUUGACGGCAGCCAUUAUGACUUCGUGAUAGUGGGGGCGGGAUCCGCAGGCAGCGUGGUCGCAAACAGAUUGUCUGAAGUGCCACACUGGAAUAUUCUACUGUUAGAAGCAGGAGGAGAGGAGACACAAAUCGAUGACGUACCAGCAUACAAAACAUAUUCACAAUCCGACAAGUCCACGAUUCUUUGGCCGCACUGGACCCAACCAGAACCAAAAACAUGCGGCGGAGGCCCCUGCUUCUGGCCUGGAGGCAAAGUUCUUGGGGGUUCAAGUACCAUCAACACUUUGAUCUAUGCAAGAGGCUUCAAGGAGGAUUACGAUAACUGGUAUAAUCUAGGGAACUACGGAUGGAACUGGCGGUCAGUCCUCAGGUCCUUCAAAAAGUCUGAAAAUAAUCUAGACCAUUUAUAUUCCCAAGAUAGCGUAUAUCAUUCGACAGGAGGAUAUUUGGAUGUACAGACGUUUCCUUACCACGACAAAAACACUCAUACAAUAUUAGAUGCAUACAAGGAAUUAGGAUAUAACAACACAGAUUACAAUGGUCCUCAUCCAACCGGAAUAUUUUUGAUGCAAGGAACAGUUAAAAAUGGAGUCAGACAGAGCACAAACAACGCGUUUCUCAGACCGAUUCGUCACAGAAAGAACUUACACAUCGCAACUGGCAUUAGAGUCACGAAGCUGAAUAUCGAUAAAUAUAAGAGAGUAACGGGAGUAGAAUACGUACUCGAUGGUAACCAUGCUAAGAAGGGGAAAGUUUAUGCAGACAAGGAAGUAAUUCUCAGCGCGGGUGCUCUAUCUUCACCUCAAAUUCUCAUGCUUUCUGGAAUAGGCCCCAAAGAAACGUUAAACGACUUGGGAAUAAAGGUUGUCAAAGACUCGAAAGUUGGUUAUAACUUGAUGAACCAUCCCACCUCAGUAGGUGUCACUGUCAACCUUACCAGAUCAUCAACCGUGCCUAGCACUAAAGAGGAAUGGCUUGCGGACAUCCAACAGUAUGUAAAGACACGCGAUGGGCCUUUAUCAGCAAUAGGAAUCUCCCAAUUGUCGGGUUAUAUUCCUUCUUCUAUCGCCACAGAUGGUUAUCCGGAUCUUAAGUUCGGAUUUUCUUUCAGUGACGUAAUAACUGAGGGCAUUAGUAUUCCAGGGUCAUAUUACACACAAAUUACGAUAGGUCCUUAUUAUGUUAGGCCGAAAAGUCGCGGAUUCUUCACUAUAAACUCAACUAACCCAUUUGAUCCACCACUGGUUCACCCGAACCUGUUGGCUAAUCCAGAAGACAGAAAGCCUCUUAUCGAAGGACAUCUUUUCGGCAUGAAACUUGCACAGACUAAAGCGUUUGAGAGAAACGGUUUCGUCUUGGACACAACACAUAUCCAAGGCUGUGAGGGCGAAACGUUCGGGACUUACGCUUACUUUAGCUGCGCGCUGGACCAAUAUGUUGCGACAGCCCAUCACAUGUCAGGUACUUGCAAAAUGGGAAACGUGAGUGAUCCAGACGCUGUAGUUGACCCAGAACUGAGGGUUUAUGGUGUCACGAAGUUGAGGGUAGUUGACGCUUCCAUUAUGCCUGUCAUUCCAAGUGCUAACACCAAUGCUCCUUCUAUCAUGAUCGGCGAAAUGGCCUCAGACUUCAUAAAGUUGGCCCACCCCUGGCGACACAGUUAUAGCCACAUUCGUAAGAAAUCAUGGCGGUCGUAGAAUACGUCAUCAUUCUUUUUUAUUGUUAACAUUUGCUGUUUCUAGAAAACCAAAUUUGUAUUUCCUAUGCUGAGAAAACUGUCAACACUAAACCACUGAUACGAAAUACAGUUACUAAUAAAGAUGUAUUUCGCUUUAUAUUGUGUGAAUCAAUUGUAAUAAACAUUCCAAUAUGUUC